AUUUUGUUUGCUUCUGCCCUGCCAAUUAAAGUCCUCACUCCGCUCUCUCUUAUUCAACGGUUUCUGCUCAUUUCCAUUUUCCACCAGAGGCAUCAGAUUUCCCAAUGGCGUUUCCCGUGGUGGACACUGAAUAUCUCAAAGAGAUCGAUAAGGCUCGCCGCGAUCUUCGUGCUCUCAUCGCCAGCAGGAACUGCGCUCCUAUCAUGCUUCGUUUGGCUUGGCACGAUGCAGGAACUUAUGAUGCCAAGACGAAGACGGGUGGGCCUAAUGGCUCCAUAAGGAACGAGGAAGAGUAUUCACAUGGCUCCAAUAGUGGCCUGAAGAAGGCUAUUGACUUCUGUGAGGAAGUGAAGGCCAAGCGUCCUAGGAUAACGUAUGCAGACCUAUACCAGCUCGCUGGUGUUGUUGCAGUUGAGGUUACCGGAGGUCCCACAAUUGACUUUGUUCCUGGGAGAAGGGAUUCAAAUAUAUGUCCCAGAGAAGGACGUCUUCCUGAUGCUAAACAAGGUGCACCUCAUCUCCGUGAUAUCUUUUAUCGAAUGGGCCUGUCUGACAAGGAUAUUGUUGCAUUGUCUGGGGGGCACACUCUGGGAAGGGCACAUCCAGAGAGAUCAGGGUUCGAUGGUCCUUGGACAGAGGAACCUCUGAAGUUUGAUAACUCAUACUUUGUGGAACUGUUAAAAGGAGAUUCUGAGGGGCUACUCAAACUUCCAACAGACAAAGCAUUAUUGGAGGAUCCUGGGUUUCGUCGUUAUGUUGAGAUUUAUGCAAGGGACGAGGAUGCAUUUUUCAGAGACUAUGCUGAAUCGCAUAAGAAGCUUUCAGAGCAAGGGUUUGUAGCAAGUUCAAAGCCAAAAAUCAAGGAUGGCAUAAUACUGGCACAAAGCGCUGUUGGAGUUGCUGUCACUGCUGCUGUGGUGAUCCUCGGAUACUUGUAUGAAGUUCGCAAGAGAGCGAAGUAGGCUUAGCUUUGUUGAUCUGUCUUGGAUUCGACGUACAUGUGACCCAUAACAUAAUAUGGGCAUUAUUGGGUUCGUUCAUGAACUUCUAUUGCUGCUGGGUAGUGCAUACUUGUUUUCAUUGCCAACUAGAAUAAUAUAACAGCUGUUCUGAGUAUAUGAAGAGACAAACAAUAGAGUCUUCAGAAGAUUAUAUUCAUGUUAGUAGUUGGUGCGAGUGAAUCAGUAUAAAGAAAUCUUUUUUA